UUCUGUUUUCAGUCUGUGUAAUUGCAGUAUUACAGAGAAACAGUGUCUCAUCCUGACUUCAGCUCUGAAAUCAAACCCAUCACACCUGAGAGAACUGAACCUGAGCUGGAAUAAACUAGGAGACUCUGGAGUGAAAAACCUCAGUGAUCUACUGAUGAACACACAAUUCAAGCUGGAGAAACUACAUCUGUGUUAUUGCAGUAUUACAGAGAAACAGUGUCUCAUCCUGACUUCAGCUCUGAAAUCAAACCCAUCACACCUGAGAGAACUGAACCUGAGCUGGAAUCAAAUAAAAAACACAGGAGUGAAUCACUUAUGUGACGUACUGAAGGAUUCACACUGUAAACUGGAGAGAUUGAGGUUAAGCUGGUGUGAAAUGACAGAUGAAGGUUGUUCUGCUGUGACUUCAGCUCUGAAAUCAAACCCAUCACACCUGAGAGAACUGAACCUGAGCGGGAAUAAACUAGGAGACUCUGGAGUGAAAAACCUCAGUGAUCUACUGAUGAACACACAAUUCAAGCUGGAGAAACUAGAGUUAGUAUCAUUAUACUGUACAGCAGUGACAGUGAGAUUAAAGAUUGCUGACAAUAUUUCA